UCUGAUUGUGUAAAGCUAUAUGUGAAACCAGGCAUUUUAUUCUCCAUAUUGUUGACGGUGGUUAUCACGGAUGCAAUCAAAGAUGCAGUUGGUAGGCCUCGACCGGAUUUCUUUUGGCGUUGUUUCCCCGAUGGAAAGGAAGUUUAUGAUAAUUUGGGUAAUGUAGUUUGUCAUGGAAAGGCCAGUGUCAUAAAGGAUGGCUACAAAAGCUUCCCUAGUGGUCAUACUUCAUGGUCCUUUGCAGGCUUAGGGUUUUUGUCAUUAUACUUAUCUGGAAAGUUAAAAGCUUUUGAUCGUAGGGGUCAUGUGGCAAAAUUAUGCAUUGUUUCUGUUCCUCUACUUGUGGGAUCUCUGGUUGGCAUUUCUCGAGUGGAUGACUAUCGGCACCAUUGGCAGGAUGUUUUUUCUGGAGGCCUCCUAGGCCUCACAGUGGCAACAUUUUGCUACUUACAGUUCUUCCCACCACCACAUUAUAUGAAUGGUUGGGGACCAUACAAAUAUUUCUCAGUGUUGGAGGAAUCAUGUUCUAGUCCGCAACCAAAUCAUGCUGUAAAUGUACCCAAUGUGCAGGGUACGAAAAUAGAGACUCUUUGCCAACAGGGAACACCAAGAAACUAUGAAUUUCCAAGAUUAACUGGUGCACAUGAUUCUAGCCCACUGUCAAUUGAAAUGGAAGCAAGGACAGUGGAUGAAAUGGAAUCUGGGAGGAGAUAACCUUGUAUAUAUUGUAAUUUGUUUCAGCCUGAAAUUCUCCUUUUUGUGCUCUUAACCAACAUUUUUCUUAUGUAAAUAUGAGAAGACAACUUCCCCUAUCAACCAUGCAUUGUCAAUUUAUUAUAUCUGUUCAGGGGGAGAACUUACUCAUUGCAAGUCCAGUGUCAUGAGAAUUCUUUCGUGAAUGAGAUGAAGAACUAUGCAUUCUUGAA